AACACGAACAAACGCAACUUAUAAGUAAAUAAAUAAAUAAAAAGAGCAUGAAGCUUCCAUGUCUUUCAGAUUCUGGUGGAGACGCGAGAACAUGAAGAUCAAACAAAUUAAAAAAAAAAAAAAGAGUUUGAUAAAUAGGAGAAGAAGAGCGUUGAUGUCAAUGAAAAAAGGGAGCCAACGUUGUCGAGAAAAGGGAGAAGACGUGCCGAAAUUUUAAGGAGUUUUUUUUUGUCUUUCGACGUUUUGUUACGCAGGACAAGACCUUGUUUGGUGUUUCUCGCGAGUGACAAAUAUUGAGGCCUUUGUUCUGUCACGCGUUGUUUAUUUUGUCUAGUCCCAUGCUCAUUUUACAAACCUAACAUAGAACAAUUACUGUUGUGUUGUUAUGUUCCUGAAAUUUUAAAAAUCAAAUCAAUCUUAGGGAACUCAAGAAUCCCAACUGAAAGUAUUAUUUCAUUUUUAAAUGGGUAGAACCGGUAAAAGAAAAUUAAUUAAGUGCUAAAUAAAUAAGAAGCUUCACAUGUCUUCUAGUCACACAACAAAAUAAAAAAAUACUGCAUAAUUGACGAAUAGAAUUCUGUCAUGACCUAGACUAUAAAUAGCAUGCUUACUCGACGUUGAUAUCACACAUAUUUGAGGUUAAACAAAACUAUAUUCCAAAUACGUCGAUCUGUUCUUUUUUUUUGAAGUUUAAACAAAUGGAGUCUCCUUCAUCCUCCCUCGUUGAAAAGAUUAAGGGGAAAAUAUUCUCAUCAAAUGUUGAUCCCUAUACUUCUAUAUGCCCCUCAGCUUAUGAUACUGCAUGGUUAGCAAUGAUACCUGAUUCCCACAAUUCUUUCAAACCCAUGUUCAAAAACUGCUUGGACUGGCUUCUCAACAACCAAAAUCAACAAGGGUUUUGGGGUGAGUGUGAUGCCUUUGGAAAACCCACAUUGGAAACACUUCCGGCAACCCUAGCUUCCAUUGUUGCACUCAAAAAGUGGAACACCGGUGCAUUAAUGAUAGACACAGGUUUGGUCUUCAUUGAAACAAAUAUUGAAAAGCUGCUCAAGGAUAUCGACAACAAUUGUCCUCGUUGGUUUAGGAUUGUUUUUCCAGCCAUGGUUCAACUUUCAGAGAGUGUUGGUUUAGAAAUUGUGUUCCCAGAUGCAGUGACAGGGUCUGUGUCAAGGAUCUUUCACGGUCAACAAUAUCUUCUUAACAAGGAGGAACUUGUGGGGAAGCAUUGCUUCCCACCACUGUUAUCAUAUCUUGAAGCUUUGCCACCUACAUAUACAAUAAGUGAAGAAGAUAUACGUAGCAAUCUCAGUGAUGAUGGUUCAGUGUUCCAAUCACCCUCUGCUACUGCAAAAGCUUUCAUGGCUACUGGGAAGAUUGAGUGUCUGGCCUAUUUACAGUCUCUAAUUCAAAGAUGUCCUGAUGGAGUUCCACAAACGUACCCCAUGGACGAGGAACUUAUAAAGCUUUGCAUGGUAAACCAAUUACAAAGGCUAGGGUUGGCUGAGCACUUCGUUGAAGAGAUUGAUGAAAUUUUGGCCAAGGUCUACAGGAACUAUGUGGAGCAAGAAUCAUGGGUAAAACCUACCAAUAUGGUGGCAGCUCAACUUCACAAAGACUCCUUGGCAUUUCAUCUCCUAAGGAUGCAUGGAUACAGCGUAUCACCAUCAUUACUGUUUCGUUGGUUUCUUGAUGAUGAAGAGAUUAGAACACGAGUUGAAAAGGAACCCGAACACUUUUCAACUACAAUGCUUUCAAUGUACAGAGCCUCAAACCUUAUUUUCUGUGGGGAAAAUGAACUUGAGGAUGUCAAAUCUUUCACGAGGGAUCUACUAAAGAGAAGCUUGGUAACUAAAAACGGUGAAACGCAGAGGAAAUUGUCCCAAUUCCAGCAAAUGGUUCAACGUGAAUUGAAUAUUCCGUGGCUGGCUCACAUGGAUCAUUUGGAUCAUAGGAUCUGGAUAGAAGAAAAUGAAGAAGUCAAUUUCCUAUGGAAAGGAAAGACCUCGCAUGUUAGGAUUUCACACUUUCACAACGUUGAUCUCCUUCAACUUGCCAUGCAAAAUUACGAGUUUAAGCAAUCAAUUUUCAAAAGUGAAUUAAAAGAAUUGAUGAGGUGGGCCCAAAAUUGCGGUCUAACGAAUAUGGGAUUUGGAAGAGAGAAGACCACAUAUUGUUACUAUGCUAUAGCUGCUGCCACUACCUAUCCAAAUGACACUUACGUACGAAUGUUAGUGGCAAAGAGUGCUGUAAUGAUCACAGUUGCGGAUGAUUUCUUUGACGCAGAAGGAUCAUUCAAGGAGUUGAACGAUUUCAUGAAUGCAGUUAGAAGGUGGGAUUCUAAGGGCUUAAGUAGCCACGGCAAAGUCAUAUUUGAAGCUCUUGAUAAUCUCGUGAGUGAAGCUUCUGGAAAAUAUGUCGAACAAGGAGGGAUUCAUGAUAUACAAAGUAGUCUACAAGAUCUAUGGUAUGAAACUUUCCUUUCGUGGCUAACGGAAGCAAAGUGGAACAAAAAGGGAGAGGCACCAUCAAUUGAUGACUACCUGAAGAAUGGGAUGAUCUCUAUUGCCAUACACACCAUGAUUCUUCCAGCUUCAUGUUUUUUGAAUCCCAGCUUGUCAUACGAGAAUCUCAGGCCGGCUCAAUAUGAACCCAUCACUAAACUACUAAUGGUUAUAUGUCGUCUAUUAAAUGAUAUACAGACCUACAAGAGGGAAACUGAAGAGGGAAAGUGGAAUUUUCUUGGGCUCAAUUUGAUGAAGAACCCAAAUUUUGGGAUGGAAGAUUCAAUUGCUUUGGGGAGAGAGAUCAUAGAUGAAAGGACGAAAGAGUUCAUUCAGCAUGUUCUAGUUAAUGGUCAAAGUGAUUUGCCCAAGCCUUGCAAGCUGCUGCAUCUGACAUGCUUGAAAGUUUUUCAUCUGUUUUACAACUCUAGAAAUGCAUUUGACUCUAACACACAACUGCUUGAGGAUAUUAAUAAAGCAAUUUAUCUUCCUCUACGGAGAAACACAAAGACCACCAAGAUUGAUCUCUCUCAGCUGCGUUCAAUGCCAAAAAUGAAAGAUAAAAGUAUUCAGAGGCCACGGUUCAAUUGGUCCUUUAAACACAAUAGAAGCUUUUGUGUGCAUCAAGUAAUUUCUCCACCUGCUUUAAGAAAUGGAUAUGGGAUAAUAUCCUUCAAUCCGAAAGCCUUAAUACCGGGCUUUAUCUAAGCUGAACAAAGUGCUGGUAAUUAGAGAAAUUAUAUUUGUACAAUAACAUCAUGUAGUACAAAUCUUAUAACAAAAAAGAAAAAAACUUAAAAUAUAAUAAAU